AUGAAUGUCUUCUCCAUCGGUGCAUCCCGCAACAUCGGCUAUCAUGCAGCGCGUCGACUGCUUGCCAAAGGCGCUACAGUGACGUUCCUCUUGCGCUCGACCUCUGUCUUCGACAACAACCAGGAAAUUCAGGCUCACAUCCGUGCCGGAACCGCACGCCUCGUCAAGGGCGAUGCCUUGAAGGCAGAAGAUGGUGCCAAGGAUGGCACCAUCGACCUCGUCAUUUUCACCGUCGGUGGCUUGCCCUCGUUCCAAAUGACGAAAGGCUUCCUCGUCAACCCGCCCAACCUCUGCGCUCAGUCGUUUCUCAACCUCGUCAUCACCAUGCCCGCCUCCCUGCGUAGACCCUCCGCCCAGCCACGCUUCAUCGCCGUCUCCUCUAUCGGACUCUCGCACGCCGCGCACGCCGAGCUCCCACUCCUCCUCAAACCGCUCUACGGCUACGCCCUCCACCAGCCGCAUGCCGACAAGCUCGCCAUGGAGUGGGUCAUCGCGCACUGCGCGGGGUGGGAGUGGGCGCACGAGACGCCCACGGGGAUACUCUCCGCAGACUGGACGAGCCUACCUGGCCUGCCCGCGUUUGGCGAGCUGGAGCAUGUUGUCGGUAUCCGGGCGGCGUUACUCACGAGCGGGGCGUGCAAAGCGGACAAGAAGAAGAAUGGGAAAGUGCCUUAUAGGCAGAAGGACUGCGAGCUUGGGGAUGGGUAUACUAUCUCGAGAGAGGACGUCGCACAUUACUUUGUGGAGGGGCUCAUGUUGCAUUGGGAUCAGUGGGAGGGGAAGUGGGCCCACAUUGCGUAUUGGAUGACUAUCCGUAAGGAUUUAGAACCGACCGAUCGUCUCUAA